GUGAGGCAAGCGCCGUCAGGCGCCAAAGUGGUUUUUUUUUUUCUUUUUUUUUUUUUUUUUUCCGCCGAAGCUGAGCGGGUGCUGCUAGCGGAGGCGCCAUAUUGGAAGGGACAAAACUCCGGCGACAGCGAGUGACACAAAUAAACCCCUGGACCCCCUCGUUCCCCCAGCUCUAAGGGCCGCGAUGUUGUACCUAGAGGACUAUCUGGAAAUGAUUGAACAGCUUCCAAUGGACCUGCGGGACCGCUUCACUGAGAUGCGCGAGAUGGACCUGCAGGUGCAGAAUGCAAUGGAUCAACUAGAACAAAGAGUCAGUGAAUUCUUUAUGAAUGCAAAGAAAAAUAAACCGGAGUGGAGAGAAGAACAAAUGGCAUCCAUCAAAAAAGAUUACUAUAAAGCUUUGGAAGAUGCAGAUGAGAAGGUACAGUUGGCAAACCAGAUAUAUGACUUGGUAGAUCGACACUUGAGAAAGCUGGAUCAGGAACUGGCUAAGUUUAAGAUGGAGCUGGAAGCUGAUAAUGCUGGAAUUACAGAAAUAUUAGAGAGGCGAUCUUUGGAAUUAGAUACUCCCUCACAGCCAGUGAACAAUCACCAUGCUCAUUCACAUACUCCAGUGGAAAAAAGGAAAUAUAAUCUGACUUCUCACCAUACAACAACAGAUCAUAUUCCUGAAAAGAAGUUUAAAUCUGAAGCUCUUCUAUCUACCCUUACAUCAGAUGCAUCUAAGGAAAAUACAUUAGGGUGUCGAAAUAACAAUUCUACAGCCUCUUCCAACAAUGCUUACAACGUGAAUUCCUCCCAACCUCUGGCAUCCUAUAACAUUGGCUCAUUAUCUUCAGGAACUGGUGCAGGGGCAAUUACCAUGGCCGCAGCUCAAGCCGUUCAAGCCACAGCUCAGAUGAAAGAGGGACGAAGAACAUCAAGUCUAAAAGCCAGUUAUGAAGCGUUUAAGAAUAAUGACUUUCAGCUGGGAAAAGAAUUUUCAAUGCCCAGAGAAACAGCUGGCUAUUCAUCAUCUUCAGCACUCAUGACUACAUUAACACAGAACGCCGGUUCAUCAGCAGCCGACUCACGGAGCGGGAGAAAGAGCAAAAACAACAACAAGUCUUCAAAUCAGCAGUCCUCCUCCUCCUCCUCCUCCUCCUCUCUGUCAUCGUGUUCUUCUUCAUCAGCCGUCGUCCAAGAGAUGUCUCAACAGACAACAGUGGUACCAGAAUCCGAUUCAAACAGUCAGGUUGAUUGGACUUACGACCCAAAUGAACCACGAUACUGCAUUUGUAAUCAGGUAUCCUAUGGUGAGAUGGUGGGCUGUGAUAACCAAGAUUGCCCUAUAGAGUGGUUCCAUUAUGGGUGCGUUGGGUUGACAGAAGCUCCAAAAGGAAAGUGGUACUGUCCGCAGUGCACCGCCGCUAUGAAGAGGAGAGGCAGUCGGCACAAAUAAAGGUGGUCAUUUCAUGUGAGCAAGGAAAAACUUCAACUAAAUGUUUUAUAUGGGACUUUAAAACAGAAGAAAAGAGAAAAGAGAAACAAUGCAUUUCCAGGCAACCACUUCAAGGAUUUACAUAGACAAUCCUGUAAGAUCUUGAACUUGAAUUUUAUGGGUUGUAUUUUAAUAAUGUAAGUAAAUUAUUUAUGCACUCCUGGUGUGCUACGAAUAUUAUUCCAGUUAGCCUUGGAUUCUUUCAGUGGCCAACAUAUGCAGACAUUUGUACUCCUCAACCAGUUUCUCAAAGUAAUGGGCAUUCUAUAAUUUAGACUUCAGAGAAUUCCAACGAUGAAGAUUUUAAGAAAAGCAUUUUAUAUUCAACAGGUAUGUUCUGCUGCAUGUACUGUACUCCAGAGCUGUUAUGUAACACUGUAUAUAAUGGUUGCAAAAAAAAAAAAAAAAAAAAAAAAGUCAGUGCUUCUAAAAAAAAUUUAAGAUAAUGGUUUUUAAAACGCCUUUAUAAUAAGCUUUGUUUCUUUGUGAAACUAAAUUCAGCAGGCUGAAGGAAAUGGUUCAUGUGAUAAAGUGGGCUGGUGUCCUCUAGAGUACCUGGGUACAUAAACAGAAACUCCUGUAGGUAAAAACGAAUCUGUGCCAUUAGUCUUUAUAUGUUUCUGCAUCCAGAUAGAGUGCAGUUCAUGGGCGGGGAGGGGGGGCGGGGGAGGGGCUGAAGGGCAAAGGGUGUUAAAGUGAUACAUUUUUAUACCAAAUGUGUUUAUUUUUUUGUGCAAGUAAUCCUUAAAAUUGGAAUUGUAUUAGGUGUUAAAAUAAAGUUUUUAAAAAAUUACUUGUAUUUAUACUUUACACACUCAAUAAGGAAAAUUUCUUAAUUCCAGUUAACUUCCAGUUUUCCUAAUCUAAAAAGGACAGAGGCCCAGGACACAGAAUGCUAUGUAAUCUGUGAUUUCUUAAACAAUGCUUGGAAUUCGGGACGUAAAAAUAAGGGAAAGACAUUUUUAAUGUAAAUUUGAAAUGCAAAUGUAUUUUUCUAGAACAUCUCUCUGGCUUUUCCUUCAGUCUAAGGGACAUGAAAACAGUCUAAUUAUAGUAGAUAAAAUAGAAAUAAUGGUUAUAGAUGUUUUGACUUUAGGCAGUGUGGCCAAUUUAAAUAAAGAGACCUCCUGGAUUAGAGCUUAAAAUUCAGUUCUAUUUCGGAUACUACCACAUAUUGGUAUGACAGUUCAUUCAAAUUUUGAAUCACUCUGGGCCUUAUUAAACCAGGGUGAUGCUGGCUGCAGGAUGUCUGUAAAGCACUCCUAAGGUUUUAUUCUAUAGGUGCUAUUUAAAUUAUAAAUUUUGCAUAGUGGAGGUUUUAUUUCAGGUAUAAUAUCAAGUCUGGUUGGUAGAAAAAUCCUUAAAACUUUAAAAGUACUUAUUACAUCGUAUUUCUUUUAUGUUGAAACUUAUGGGUCCAUUAGAUUUCUGCUUUAAUCAAAACCACUUAUGAGCCUCUUAGAACUUUUUCAGAAGUCUCUAAAAUCUAUGCAAUGCUACCCAAAGGGUAUGGAUUAGAUAGGGGAUUUCAAAGGUCUCUUUUAGCUUCACGAAUCCUCAACUCUGAGCAACUCUAGCUGUUGCAGAGUGAUUUUAUAGCUGGAAAGCCCCUAAAACAAAGUAGGUUCAUUUGUGGGUAUUCAUGAUUUCACGAUAUCAUAAGUAUCAUGAUUUCGUAACACUCAGUAUUUUCAUGGAGAUAUUAUAAACCUUUAAGAAAUAAUAUAUUAACGUAGCAUUCAGUUAGCUUAUUAGCAUGUUGCCUGGAGAUGCUCUGUGGUAUUGUUCAAUCUCCUAAUUCUAUAUAAUGAUUUUUCCAAGUUACUCAUUUUCCAGGAAUUGGUCAAAGGAAAAAGCCUUAUGUACAGCCUUAUUUUAAGAGAAGGUUCCUUGUCGGAGUCAGGAACAUCCCCCAUUUCCAGCUGCUGCAACCCCUUUCAGUGUGUGAAUUCCACUAGUUACCAAAUCAUUUAGAAAACAUUUUGACAAAACUUAACCUCAAACAUUGAAUAUUUUAUGAAGCAUCUAUAAAGAAGCAAAUGAAAAUUUUGUUCGGUUAUUUAGCAAUUGGUGGAACCAGUUAGUAUCUAAGAUAUUUUAUAUAUGUAUAUGAAUAAAUGGGCCAAACGUGGAACUACCUCCUCCAAAAAAAAAAAAAAAAAUGUGGCCAACUAUUAAUAUACUUUGAGACGCUUAGGCCAAGAGGUGUGAUAAGCAUUUUUGCUAUUACAAAAUACACAUUCAGAAUCUUUGUUGUACAAAACUCAUGUAAUAAUUGGUGACACAAAGAAUCCAAAUGUGGGUUCACAUUUUAUAGGUGGUGAAAAUUGAGGCCUUACUGCUAUGAAGUGUACAUUAAAAUGUUCAUGGUGACACAUUUGAAGCAAUAAACGGCUUAAUUAAAUGCCUAAA